AUGCCUGGUGACGUGUCCGCCGCUGCACGGUCUGCUCUGCAGGUUGUCUGUUUUCUGGGUAAAACUGUUGGCGCAGGCGCGGCACUGACAGCUGCUGUCUACGGUCUCCGUAAAGUCUGCUUCAUAAUGGCCUGGAAAUCUGGAGGAGCCAGCCACGCAGAGCUCGUUAACAACCUCCGCAAAAAUGGCAUUAUUAAAUCGGACAAGGUGUUUGAAGUCAUGCUGGUCACAGACAGAGUGCACUACUCCAGGUGUAACCCUUACAUGGACUCACCACAGUCAAUAGGUUAUCAAGCAACCAUCAGCGCCCCACAUAUGCAUGCCUAUGCACUGGAGCUGCUACACGAUCAGCUGUACGAAGGAGCAAAGGCUCUGGACGUGGGCUCCGGCAGUGGGAUCCUGUCUGUUUGUUUUGCACGAAUGGUAGGUCCUAAAGGGAAAGUCAUAGGGAUUGAUCACAUCAAAGAGCUGGUAGAUGAUUCUAUAAACAACGUGAAGAAAGACGACCCCAGCUUGGUAACAUCAGGUCGAGUCAAGCUUCUAGUGGGAGACGGGCGGAUGGGCUACCCAGAGGAGGCACCGUAUGAUGCCAUCCAUGUAGGAGCAGCAGCUGCCUCCGUCCCUCAGGCUCUCUUGGACCAGUUGAAGCCCGGCGGUCGGCUGAUCCUGCCUGUCGGGCCUGCAGGAGGGAAUCAGAUGCUGGAACAGUACGACAAGCUGGAGGACGGCAGCACCAGAAUGAAGCCCUUGAUGGGGGGACGAACUCUGAAGAAUGACAAGUUUAAACCUGGAGGAAACUGGGACGGGGGGUGGGCUCACACAAGCCUUGACAUUUCACUUAAAGCAUAAUAAAACUGUUACUGAGGAACUGGAGCAUGGACGCAGACGGCCCUGAGAGGCUGCAGGGAAACACUGCUUGAAGCGUAAUGCAGAAACACAACAUGGACUUUUUGUUUUCAGGCCUUCAUGUUUAGUUUUCUGCUUUGUUUUUCUCCUCUUUUGUCUUGUGGUCUGAUGUUUUAACACAUUUACUUUUCAGCUGGAUGAAAGCUGAAUGUAGGACAAUGAUGGAGGCCUGAGCCUUUUACAUGAUUCACCUGUGUGUGUGUGUGUGUGUGUGUGUGUGUGUGUGUGUCAUUAACUGUAGACAUUUCUGCUUCAAAUAUGAGAUUUCUUUCCCUGCUGCAGUAUUAGAACAGAGCCUGGACACAGUGGUAUUAACCCAACACUUCCUGUUUGUUGUGCAGAGCUUUUAGUUCACGUAUGGAGGAACACAAAACACACAAACACACGCAGGGUUGUGUUACUGCUGCCAGCUUACAGACUUCAUGAGUGACUGACACUAAAUGACACGAGACUGCUUUGCCAAAAUAAAAUUCUAAAUAAAGCAACUGAAUGUUUGUUUCCUCGGGAAAAAAGCUCCACUUUUUAUUUUUGUCAUCUUGAUGAUAUUUGGCUUUCACAAACUCUGAAACAACAAUAAAGAGAUGCUUCUGA